UUUUUUUUUUUUUUUUUAAAUUCUCUUCACGCCCAUAUAUCUUCCACCUUCGUAGGGCGUGUAGCAUACCGCGUGCGUACUGUCUCUUUUACUGCUUUUCGCGGCUUUUGCACUUUUUGGUCCAGUGCACAGCGCACUGGCUUGUUUAGUUAUUUAUACUCUUAUGGAAUUUUCUUAUAAAUAUAUCAUUGUUAUCCCUGUGUUAUAUGUUCACCACUUCGUCAGAUUUAAUCAUGUCUAUCUGGCUCGGGAAUCAUUUUCAUCACCUUGCCAGUUGGCCUUAUUCGAAAAUACAGCGCCAUCUCUGAUCCAGAUAUUUACAUGGGAAUAUUGUUAGUCUAAGCUUCGCUAGAUGGCUUCUUUUGUUUAUAGACAAUUCAUUUCUGAUUAAAAUCCAAGAAUCGUAAUGAUCACUACAAUUAUAUCCAUUUCUUAACAGCGGUAAAAGAAGUGACACUGCUUUAUUGUGGUUUCUUAACAUUCAAAUUAUCUAAUAAAUCCGAGUUGAAAGUGCGUUGAAAUGGAAGACUAUGAGGUAUUAGAAAAAAUUGGAGAAGGAUCUUUUGGAAGAGUUUACAAAGCAAGACAUAGACACUUGAGAGGUUUGGUUGCUCUCAAGUUUAUUCCAAAAAUUGGUAGGACAGAAUGUGAGCUGCAAAGCUUGAGACACGAGUUUGAAAUCCAGAAAGGCUUGCGUCACCCAAACAUUGUUCACAUGCUUGGUGCCUUUGAGACAUUUAAAGAGCUAGUUGUUGUCACUGAGUAUGUUGAAAGUGACUUGUACAAACUACUGGAAGAUGGGACACUCUGUGAAGACAAAAUGCGAAUGGUUGCUUGCCAGUUGCUAUCUGCUCUCUACUACCUUCAUUCAGACAGGAUAUUACACCGUGACAUCAAACCUCAGAAUAUACUGCUGACAAGUGAUGGCAUCAUUAAACUUUGCGAUUUUGGAUUUGCAAGAUCCAUGGACCUCAACACUUAUGUGCUAACAUCUGUCAAAGGAACUCCAUUGUACAUGGCCCCAGAAAUCAUAGAGGAAAAGCCAUACGAUCAUAAUGCAGAUUUAUGGUCCUUAGGUUGCAUUUUGUAUGAGCUCCUUUUUGGAUCGCCACCCUUUUGCACCACAUCUUUAUUGCAACUAAUACGAAAAAUUCGUUACGAAACCGUGCCUUGGCCCACAAAUCUGAGCCCAGAUUGUUUCAACCUCCUUCAAGGUCUCUUGGAGAAAGAUCCUCGCCGCAGGCUAACUUGGCCUCACUUGCUCGAGCAUCCUUUCCUGGAGAACAAAGUUCUGCUCCCACCUGAAAGACUGAGACCUCAGCUUCCCUUAACGACUGCCUUGACGGCUUCGCAGGAACUGGCCAAAGAGAUUCAAAGACAAGAUCUCUCCCAAAAGAUGCCGUUCAAAAACAAGGUUUUCACGCGAGCCCUUCAGAGAUUAGAAGAGUACGAACGACGCCGAAAUAGCGCUCCAGUUUCUCAGCCCAAACAAUUGCUGGCCCAUCCCGCCGCCGCCUUCCACAGCACCCAAUACAAUCCUGCAUUUGGAGACUGGACGCGUCGCCAAAGUGCAGCCGUCGACACCCACCGUUUACCGCCUGCCAUCGAUCCACGGAUCAGUGAGAGGCAGCAAUUGCUGGAAAGAAUUUUAGAAACGACCAGAUGGCCGACCAAACAAAAUGUGGCCGAUUUCGAUCCCCUCGAUCCUGGCACCAACGCUCAUCAUUUCUCCCUCAUUCAGCCAGCCGUGCCCAACCCGCCAAACAACCAGCCGACUGUCGAAGAAACUGUUUCACCUUCCAUCGAGCCCAAAACGGAGGCCAAGGAAACGACAACUGGCGAAGUUGCGGCCGCCGCAACCGCCGCCGCCGGUUCGUUGCUGUCGAAAUCUCUGGAAAACGACGAAUGGGAAGAGUUUCUUGACGGAACGCUGGCCGACGCCAUAGAGAAUCCGCAGACGCUGGAGCAGAGGGAUCUCGUCGCCGUUGUGGUGGCUCCGUUACGCAACGUCAACGCCAGCCCGAGCCUAGUCGAACGUAUAGCGACUCUGCUGGCCCUGCCUUGGGCUGGAAUCGACCGCGAGGAAUCAGUCGACGAAGAAUUAAUCGUCCGCGCCUACGCAGACACCCGCGUCGUGCCCAAUCUCUUGUACGCUUGCAAAGUAAUGGUUCAGAGAAGAUCUGGCGAUAACCGUAGCACCGGGAGCAUCGACAGUAAAAAGACGGACGCCGAAUUGACGGCCGACGAUCUGCAGUCCUUAGAAAUGCUGCUGGGUUUGAUGGCCCGUCUGGUGCACCUGAGUACGACCGCAGAAUUCAUCAAUCAAUUCUGCGAUGCUGUUUGCGUGCUGGAUUGCGCGGCCGCCAUUCAUCACCUGUUGUCUGUCGAUCGUCGCAAAGCCCAUGCAGUCGGCCACGUUCUGGCCAUCCUGUCGCACGUCCUGCGCACUCGAGCCGAGAACGUUAGCGUCGUCCAAGAUAUUCUCACUCAAAGAGACACAAAUUUGGUGCGUUUGUUGUCGAAUCGAAACCCCAUGAUUAGGUCCAGGUGUUGUACGCUCAUAGGAUACCUGUCUCUCAGGGGCACUGACAAGCUCAAGGAAUUGAGCAGACAGCCUGUCGUCGUCGAGCGCGUGGAGCAAUUGCUAGCAGAUAGCGAUCCUCGGGUCAGGCAGAGUGCCACAUUCGCCUAUCGUUUGCUGAGCGGCCAUAAAACCCGGGCCGGAAACUGAAUGGACGAGCACUAUGCAAAGUGGGCCAACCGCCGAUAGAAAAACUCGCGAAAAAGAAUCUUAUAAAGAAAAAUAGCCAAAACCAACUUAUUUUCACCGUCCCAACUCCAUGACGGAUGGCCACAUUUUGCUAAGCUUUUUCCAUUCUGCCUCCAAUCGGAAGAGGGGCGACAACACAACAAUCGUAAAAGGCUCAUUACAUGACAACGCCGGAUUUUUCGGUUGACUAAACAAUGAACCACCUCCGUUUUCACUCCUCCCAAAUAGCAAAUCCUGUUUUAUUUUACUUUGGUCUAUCUUUCGAUCUAUUAUCGUCAGUGCCAUUUCUAUUGCUUGACAUUUCCCAUUACCGUUUGAUCUCGUGAAAUAUAUCUGAUCUUUUGAAUCGCA